AUGAAUUUGAAGAAGAGAAGUAGAAGAGGAAUUCAAGAUGAGAAAAAAGAGAGGGAGUUGAAGAGAAGAACUUCAUCUUCCCAUGAUGAAUACAAUAGUUCUGAGUAUGUACACAAAGAAAUAUUGAAAGAUCAAAGCGAGAAGGAGGAACUAGAGCAGCAUUUGAGAGAAAGGGAUUCGGCCAAAACACGAAAAUUAGCUGAACCGAAGAAAGUUUAUAGAAAAUCUAAUGCGGCAAAAGAGAAUGAGGAUGUUGAAUCAUUGAGAAAAGUUUCGAGGCAAGAGUACUUGAAAAAAAGAGAGGAAAAGAAAUUGCAAGAACUCAAGGAUUAUAUUGAAGAUGAGCAAUAUCUUUUUGAAGGUGAGAAACUUUCAGAAGCUGAAUAUCGUGGUCUCGUGCACAAGAAAGAGACAUAUAACAUACUUUCAAAGAACAAAGGGUUAAAGAGUGCGGAUAAUGAAUAUAGAAUGCCAGAAGCUUAUGAUGAUCAACAUAGGGGCGUUAAUCAAGAGAAGAGGUUUUCUGUCGCUAUGCAGCGUUACACUGAUCAAAAUAUUGACAAAGAAGAUGCUUGGGAAGAACAACAAAUUAGAAAGUCAGCAUUGAAGUUUGGUUCGAAAAAUAAAAGACGAGCCUCUGAUGAUUACCCAUUUUUGUAUGAGGAUCAAAUUAGUUUUAUCAAGGCAUAUGUGAUGGAUGGAGAUAAGUCUGAUUUUGAAGAAGAGAUUGCAUUGGAAAAGUCUAGAGUUAAAAGGUCAGUUUUAGAGGCACUUCAAGAAGAGAGGAAAAAGCUACCUAUCUAUUCUUUCCGGGAUGAAUUGCUUCAAGUGGUUCAUGAUCACCAGGUACUUGUCAUUGUCGGAGAAACUGGUUCCGGAAAGACUACACAAAUUCCCCAAUAUCUCCACGAAGCUGGUUAUACGAAGCAUGGAAGAAUGAUUGCGUGUACUCAGCCACGGCGUGUUGCUGCUAUCAGUGUUGCUGCCCGAGUUUCUCAAGAAAUGGGUGUUAAACUAGGACGCGAAGUUGGUUACUCCAUACGUUUUGAGGAUUGCACGUCCAAGAAGACCAUCUUGAAAUAUAUGACCGAUGGAAUGUUGUUGAGGGAAUUCCUUGUUCAGCCUCAGCUGGAAAGUUAUAGUGUUGUAAUAGUGGAUGAGGCUCAUGAAAGAACACUUUCUACUGAUAUUUUGUUUGGAUUAGUGAAGGAUCUUGCUCGUGCUCGACCUGAUCUUAAGGUGCUGAUAUCAAGUGCUACUCUUGAUGCAGUGAAGUUUAGCAACUACUUUGAUCUUGCUCCAAUAUUCAAAAUUCCUGGGAGAAGGUAUCCUGUUGAAAUACACUUCACCAAAGCACCAGAAGCCAACUACUUGGAUGCUGCUAUCGUCACGACACUUCAAAUCCAUGCCACUCAACCUCCAGGAGAUAUAUUGGUAUUUCUUACGGGUCAAGAGGAAAUUGAAACGGUAGAAGAAAUCCUGAAACAUCGGAUGAGAGGUUUUGGUACUAAAAUAGCCGACUUAAUUAUAUGCCCGAUAUAUGCCAACCUGCCAACUGAACUACAAGCUAAAAUAUUUGAACCCACCCCUGAAGGGGCCAGAAAGGUAGUCCUUGCCACCAAUAUUGCAGAAACAUCAUUAACAAUUGAUGGGAUUAAGUAUGUCAUUGAUCCAGGAUUCUGUAAGAUGAAAUGUUAUAAUCCAAGGACUGGAAUGGAGUCGUUACUAGUAACUCCCAUCUCAAAAGCUGCGGCAAAGCAAAGAGCUGGUCGUUCUGGAAGGACAAGUUCUGGUAAGUGCUUUCGAUUGUAUACUGCAUAUAGUUUUUUAAAUGAUUUGGAAGAUAACACUUCACCUGAAAUACAACGAACUAACCUUGGAAAUGUAGUCUUAACUUUAAGUUGUCUUGGUAUUGAGAAUGAAAAGUUGUUUCAGUUUGAAUUUAUGGAUCCUCCACCAGUUGAGGCCAUAACAAAAGCCGUGGAGCUUUUAUAUGCACAAAAUGCUUUAACUGUUGGUGGCAAAUUAACUAAGGUAGGCAGACGGAUGGCAGAGUUCCCGCUUGAUCCCAUGUUGUCAAAAAUGAUAGUUGCUUCAGAAAAGUACAAGUGUUCUGACGAAAUCAUCUCCAUUGCUGCCAUGCUUUCUGUUGGCAACUCAAUAUUUUACCGUCCGAAGGAUAAACAAGUACAUGCAGACAAUGCAAGAAUGAAUUUUCACACAGGAAAUGUUGGUGACCACAUUGCACAUCUAAAUGUCUACAAUUCAUGGAAGGAGAGCAAUUAUUCAACACAAUGGUGUUACGAGAAUUAUAUACAGGUCAGAAGUAUGAGACGUGCUAGGGAUAUCCGUAAUCAACUUGCAGGUCUUUUGGAGAGGGUUGAGAUCGAACUAACUUCAAAUUCUAAUGAUUUAGAUGCCAUCAAGAAAUCCAUAAUAUCUGGAUUUUUCCCUCACUCUGCAAGAUUGCAAAAGAAUGGAUCUUAUCGAAUGAUUAAAAAUCUACAGACUGUUUAUGUACAUCCUAGUUCAGGGCUGACAAAGGAUCUUCCGAGAUUGGUUUUAUAUAAUGAAUUAGUACUCACAACCAAGGAAUAUAUGAGGCAGGUCACCGAGAUAAAGCCGGAGUGGUUGCUGGAGAUAGCCCCCCACUUUUACAAUCCAAAACAUUUUGAAGACUUGAGUUCCAAAAAAACUUCCCGUGGACAUGGACUUGCAUAA